UUUCAGAGACAAGGCCUUCAGCAGACUCAGCAGCAACAGCAGACAGCAGCUCUUGUGCGACAGCUACAGCAGCAAUUAUCCAACACACAAACACAACAGCAAGCUUCCAAUAUGUUUGGCCGAUUCUGAUUGGACUGUGAAGGUUUCUGCUCCCCGCUGGGACUGAACACAAAGAUCGAGGAUCCUUUUCUCCAUCACUGAAGUGUUAUUGGGGGACCUCUGAAGGUCGCAGCGAUGCCCCCCCCUCCCCCGGCUCGGUCCAGAGACUCCGAUAUAUAUCAUAGAGAAGAGGAGGGGGAUGGGCGGGGCCCCCGAAUGUCAGGAGCUCCCUACAGAACCCGGGGCGCAAGGGCUUUUGUGUGUCUUGUGGACCUUUUAAGAUUUUAAACGGCGACAAAAGUUUUUAGUAUUUUGAUAACCAAAUGAUGAUAAAAUUGUCGUUUUCUAAAAUAUUUAUAUGGCAACCUGAUCUCAGGCACUUGUACGGACACCGCUAAAAAGACGAUUUCUUUUUUUUUUUUUUUUUUCUUGUUGCCUUGUCCCGCUGUAAAAAAACAAAAAAUAAUGAAAAAUAACAAAAAAAGAAAAGUAAAUAUAUGAGUUUGUAAUGGGAGCGUGGAUUGGGCUUUCUGAGGCCGCCGAUUGGACGGUGCGAUUCUGGUCCUUCGGAAGAUAACGAAAAGCUGCGCUGG